UUGCAGUACGCAAUACCAUCUUCUCUUACAUUUUCUUCUCUUAUCUUCUCCUUCCUCCAUACGCUCCCCACCUCCAUGACUGGAAGAAGGCAUCAAAUCAGCCCGGUGGGGACCCCACCCUCCGACAACGAGUCUGGUGCAAUUGCCGGGACAGGCGCUGAUGCCUCUACCAAAGAGCAAGACCGGUUCCUCCCCAUCGCCAACGUAAGCCGAAUCAUGAAGAAAUCCCUCCCUGCGAACGCAAAGAUAUCAAAGGAAGCCAAGGAGACCGUCCAAGAGUGCGUGUCAGAGUUCAUCAGCUUCAUCACAGGCGAGGCAUCUGACAAGUGCCAGCGAGAGAAGAGGAAGACCAUCAACGGUGAUGAUCUCUUGUGGGCCAUGACGACCCUGGGGUUUGAGAACUAUGUGGGCCCCCUCAAAGUCUAUCUGAACAAGUAUAGAGAGACUGAGGGGGAGAAGAACUCCAUGGCUAGACAAGGAGACCAAUCACCUAAAGAAGAAAGUAAUAACAACACUAAUCAUGCUGUUAAUCCAAUCACUAAUCACAGCACGAAUAACGUGGGGUUAUCGACUUUUAACAGUGGGUUUUAUUCGGUAGUCCCACAGAACUUCGGAGGGGAAGGAGGAAGGGUUAUGAGCUACGGCGGGAACUCAAAAACAGGCGGUUUUCACAUGGGUGGGAUGAGUGAGAAUGGAGAUGGGAAUGGUGUUAGGAGUAUAGCUAAUCAUCAUCAUGGAAUUCAAUGGCAGUAGUAACAGAUGAGGAUAAUGGUUUUUUUUUUUCGUAAUUUUCUUGAAUUCUUUGACUUUUUAUUAAUAGACUAGAACUUGAAAUUCUCUAUCUUAUAGUGUGAAAAUGUCAUCUUGAUGGAAUGCAUGGAGAGUUCAAUGGUGGUAGGAUUAUUGCUGAUCAUCAUUAUCAUAAUGGAUUAAUGCUAAUCAUCAUCGUAAUGGAGUUUUAAUCUUUUA